AGACACCAACCUGAUGUGUUGCCAUUUGAAGAAGGAGGACGCGGAUUGCGACUUUGCUUAUGUCGACAGCUUUGCAAGUUGUGAAAGGAUGUUCAAAGAUCGAGCUCCUAGGAUUUGUCUCUGGGUUGUAGGAAUUAUGACAUUGGUUGGUGCUGUGUUUGUGAUCGUGUGGCGGUUGGUGUUUAAGGAAACAAAGGAGAAAAACAAGAUACAGGCUAUCAUGUUGAUAAAUUUGGCCUGGUCUGAUGGACUGAUGGGUGUGUACCUGAUCAUUAUAGGUGUGAUGGAUGCCAUUUGGGCAGGGCAGUAUUUCUUGCAUGACUAUUAUUGGCGUUCAAGUUUGCCAUGUCAGAUGACAGGUUCCCUUUCCGUUAACAGUUCCGAGGUGUCCUUGAUGCUCAUCUGCUUGCUCUCUGCCGACCGGCUUAAAAAUAUUCUGUACCCCUACAGCGGAAAGUCCCUUACAAUUAAGGUUACGCACCUUCUGUGCGUCUUUAUCUGGAUUGUUGGUGGUAUAAUUGCGUUUAUUCCCACGGUAGGCUUCGAUUACUUUGGUAGUCGCCAGAAGGGUCAUCAUUUUUAUGGCAGAUCAGUUGUUUGUCUCCCAUUGCAGCUUUCUGCUGAUAAGCCCUCAGGCUGGGAGUACUCUGUUGCCAUGUUUGUUGGUCUAAACUUUUCCCUUGUGUUAUUUGUCAUUGUGGCCUACUCAAUGAUAAUCUUUAAGUCCUGCGCAUCAAACCGGCGCCUGGCUAAGCAAGGAACCGAAAGAGAGAGGAAAAUGAAAGCCAAGCAGAGGGCAGCCGAUCUGAGGAGGGAGGCCUCGCUCGCCAAAAGAGUGUUCUUCAUCGUUCUUACCGACUGUGUCUGCUGGUUGCCUAUCGUGGUGAUUGGAGUGAGGUCUCUCCUGGAAAAGUCCUUCCGUGUACGUGGUGACCUGGCAGUUUGGAUCGCAGUCUUUGUUCUGCCGGUUAACUCUGCCAUCAAUCCCAUUCUCUACACCUUAUCUACCCCACAGGUUCGAGGUGUCAUCAAUGCCAAACUCCGACCGUUGUGGGAUUACCUGAUAGCAAAAGUCGGCCUUAAUCAAAAUGUUGAAGCUCAAGACCAGGGAAUGGAAAUGAGAGUUAUCGAAGAAGGUACGCAUUCAAUUCACUUCUCCACAGACUGCAACAAGUUUGAGAAUGCAACAUUUGGCAGUCAAAAACCAAGAACAGAACAGAAUGAUCAAAGAACAAUGA